CAGAAACAAAUAAAAGAACGCCGAGAGAAUCUCGAAGAACUCAGCCGUUCCCACCCAAGAAGCGAGAAAAAAAGCACUUCUAGCUUGAAGCUGCGAAGCUCACUAUCUACCACAAUACGCAGGCUCAAUCAGACAAUUUCGAACAUACGCAGGAGGAGCUUAAUCAACCAAUGCCACAAUACGCAGGAGGAGCUUAAUCAACCAAUUUCGCACAUACGCAGGAGGACCUUAAUCAAACAAGUUCGCACCGAGCUCUGUCGUUUGAAUCUGCAGUUUUAAAGCGUGGACAUUUGGGCAGGGGAUAACUUUCUUUUUCUAAAAUAGGGGGAAAAAGCAACUUAAUGAAUCAGUGGGAAUCAAACAAUUUCGCACUGAGCUCUGGCGAUUGAAUCUGUAGCUUUAAGGUGUGGAUAUUUGGACAUGUUUAGGGGAUAACUUUCUUUUCUGGGAAAAAGCAACGUAGGGUUUGAUGAGACAGUGGGAAAAAUCAAUGCAGGGCUUCAUAACGAAAACACAGGAUUUAAUAAGCAGUCAAUGAAGCAAUUUGGUCCAUGAAAUGCAGGCGUAAAGAUCAUAAAUUUUUUGAACUUAGUUAAUGGAUACUAUGUUGUUUGUUACACCCUCGCCAGUAUUUUGCAAGAGACCUCCAACUGAAUUAAAAUCGUUUCACAUCAAUAACUUAAAAUGCAUUCAUCUCCAGUCAGUCGGAUUUUCAGUUGUUGGCAAUCCACGGAGGCUCAGGCAAAUGCAGGCUUUAGCAGUUUCCAAGCCGGCAGAAACCCAAGCAAUGAAUCAAGCAUCCACAUGUGAGGAUUUGUGUACUAGUGUCGUUGGCCUUAGUGACACAGUUGUGGGAGUCUUGGGAGGAGGACAGUUGGGAAGGAUGCUUUGUCAGGCAGCCUCCAAGAUGGGUGUGAAGGUGGCAGUGCUUGAUCCCAUGGAAAAUUGUCCUGCAAGUGCCAUUGCCUAUAAGCAUGUCGUGGGCAGUUUCAGGGACACUAAUGCAGUCCAAGAAUUCGCCAAAGAAUGUGGAGUACUGACGGUUGAAAUUGAGCAUGUGGAUGUUGAGACAUUGGAUGUACUAGAAAAGCAAGGAAUGGAUUGCCAACCCAAUCCCUCAACAAUCCGGCUUAUCCAGGACAAAUAUUUGCAAAAGGUUCAUUUUCGUGAGCAUGAUGUCCCCCUCCCAGAUUUUAUGCAGAUUGACUGCUUUGAAAGUGCAAAAAAAGCAGGUGAUUUGUUUUCUUAUCCACUGAUGAUAAAAAGUAGACGCCUUGCUUAUGAUGGCCGAGGCAAUGCUGUUGUGAACUGUAAAGAGAAUAUAAGUGCAGCUGUUUCUGCAUUAGGAGGUUUUGAGCGUGGGUUAUAUGCAGAGAAAUGGGCACCAUUUAUCAAGGAACUAGCUGUCAUUGUGGCAAGAGGAAGACAUGGUGGUGUUUGCUGCUUUCCAGUAGUUGAAACCACCCACAGGGAUAGCAUUUGCCAUAUGGUGGAGGCACCUGCAGAUGUUUCAACAGAAAUAAGAGAAACAGCUGUUCGAGUGGCUGAAAGAGCUGUUAGUUCACUUGAAGGUGCUGGAGUCUUUGCUGUUGAACUGUUUCUUACUGGAGAUGGUCAGAUUUUGCUGAAUGAAAUCGCCCCUAGGCCCCACAACAGUGGUCAUCAUACAAUUGAAGCAUGCUAUGUCUCACAAUUUGAGCAGCAUUUACGAGCUGUACUUGGUCUUCCUCUUGGUGAUGCAUCUAUGAAAGUACCUGCUGCGAUCAUGUAUAACUUGCUUGGUGAAGAUGAGGGAGAGAAAGGCUUCAUCAAAGCCCAUCAACUUAUGAAAAGAGCAGUAUCAGUUGCUGGUGCAAGUGUUCAUUGGUAUGAGAAACCUGAAAUGAGAAAGCAGCGAAAAAUGGGCCAUAUCACUGUUGUAGGACCUUCAAUGGACCUGAUUAGAGCACGCAUGAAGUUGAUAAUAGAUGGAGACAAUCAGGAUGGGAGCUUUCGCACUAGAAGUACACAUCCUUCAGAAACCACUUCAAAAGUUUCAGCUGAAGACUUUGCAACUAGCUCGGGAAAUGAUAAUUCAGGGAGUCCGGAAGUGGGCAUUAUAAUGGGCUCAGAUUCUGAUCUGCCUGUCAUGAAAGCUGCUGCAGAAAUUCUCAAAUUAUUUAAUGUUUCAUAUGAGAUAACUAUUGUAUCUGCUCAUCGAACACCUGAUAGAAUGGUAGAUUAUGCUAAAGAGGCCCAUGAAAGAGGGAUCAAAGUCAUUAUUGCAGGUGCAGGUGGAGCAGCACACCUGCCUGGUAUGAUAGCUUCAAUGACUACACUUCCUGUUCUUGGUGUCCCAGUCAGAGGCUCAUCAUUGCAUGGAAUGGACUCACUACUAUCAAUUGUUCAGAUGCCUAAAGGUAUUCCUGUUGCUACUUUUGCAAUUCAAAAUGCAACAAAUGCUGCUUUAUUUGCAGUUCGGAUGUUGGCGACAACAGAUGCCAACCUACACGAAAGAUUAAGUAAAUACCAGAUUGAAAUGAAAGAAACAGUUCUACAGAAGGCAGAGAGGUUAGAAACUAUAGGAUGGGAAGCAUAUCUUCAUUAGCAUUCAGUACAUUUCUGGAUUGCAUGUUUUGAGGGUGAUGACUAAAUAUAUUAUCUGUGUUACCCUGAGUUUCUGGGACGGGGAUGGCAGGGGAUGAUUUUCCGGGGCUGGCAAAUUUUUUUGCCAAUUUUGGGGACGGCUAUAUAAAAUAUAGGGAAAAUUUAAAAUAUAUAGGGAAAUUUUAAAUGUUAAUAUGAAAAAUAGAUAAAGCAUGUAUAUAUACAUUAUAUUCAUACGAAAACAAGGAUAAAGCAUAUUUGAGCAUUA